GUAUCUGCCGUUACUAGGCAGCCAGAACGGCUCUGUUUCUACCGUUAAAAUAAACCUCUUCUCCGGCAUGGCUUCAUCAAGUGACAUUCGAGAAAAACUGAGGAGAAAAAGACGAGCUUUACAGGAGAGUUUGGUCCGACACAGACCUGUGGACGACAUCCAGGCUCUGGUUCCAUCUUCCAAACUGAGUGAGGACAAUCUGGAAACCACCAUGAAGGAGCCUCAAAUCAGCGAGGAAGAUCCGGGAGAGACUCUGAAACGAACGCUCAGAGCUCAGAGACAGAGACGGAAGAAAAAGCUGCUUGAGCAGACGUCCCCCCGUGAUGAUGACAAAGGUGUGGAGGAGAUCCCGAGCACUCAGCGCCACAGUGAAGAGGAGGGGUCUGCUGAAAAGGCUGCUGGCUCUGUGGUUUCAUCAAGACCUCCGACUGGAUCUCAGAGAAGUGUCUCCUGCAGAGCGCAGCAGGCCCCCGGCUCUCAGCUGCUGGAGAGCUCUGUGACCCGACGCCUGGAGGAGAAGCUGAGAGCAGCCAGGUCCAGAGGGGAGAGCCUCCAGGAGCAGGAGGCCUCUGUGGAGCCGGCCAGCCGCCUGCACAGCCUCCGGGACCCAGACACCAGGACCAGGUUCGACAGGGAGGCGGAUCCGGACGGAGCUGGGAAACCGGACGACCCUCUGGCUCUCAGCACCAGGGUCCAGUUCAGAGAAGCUGCCAGACGAAAAGGAGACGGACUGCCCACUGCGGAGGAGGCGUACAAUUUCUUCACACUCACCUUUGAGCCGGAUCCACGAGAUGGGAACAAGACCAAAGAGAAACGCAGAACAUCUGAGGAGGAGGAGGAGGAGGAGGAGGAGGAGCAGCAGCAGCAGGAGGGUCCAGAUGGGAAUGAAGAUCAGAAUGAAGGCGCUCCUCUGGUGACGGACGGAGAUCUGCUGCUGCUCCAACAAUCCACACAGGACUUCCUGGAGAUGAAGAGAGCCGAGUAUCUCCGGUCCGGACAGCGCAUCGAGCGAGAGAACGCGGUCCUCUUUACGCCCAGCCUCUCAUCAGUGGCGGCCCACAUCAAACUCGCUGACAACAUGAAGCCUCGCUACCUGGAGGAUGAGGGUCUGUAUGUGGGGGAAAGGCCCCCCGUCUCUCUGAGCAACCAGAAUGUUCUGGAGAAUCGCAUCCUGCAGAUGGAGGAGGGGAAGAAGUGGUUCGGAGACGACGGCAGGAUCCGGGCUCUGCCUGACCCCAUCAAGGAGUCCUCCACCAGACCCCCCCUCUUCCACAUGGAGGAGGACCUGGACCCUGCACUACACACUGUGUACAGGAAGCCGCUGAAGUCUAAGUAUGCUAAUCUGUACCUGUCGGGGGCUGCGGACCCCGAGGGGGACUACCAGCUGGAUGUGGAUGUUUCCGGGCUCAUCUUCUCCCACCACCCCCUCUUCAGCCGGGAACAUGUGCUGGGCUCCCGCCUGGCUCAGCUGUACGAUCAGUACCUGAGCAGGCAGCGCAACAACCUCUCUGCACACCUCACCGACAAGCUGAACGGACUGAGGAAUGCUCUGAGGAAUAUUCUGGAGAUCCAUGGAGGACAGAGUCUGACUCCGGCCAUGCAGCGCCGGAUCUCUGAGUACAGUCUGGAGGUCAGGAGCACCAGGCAGCUGCGGGACAGCGAGCAGGAGAAGGACCGGGUUCUGCUGAGGAACAUCGUCAGGGUGUGGAAGGAGCUGAAGACCCUCAGAGACUUCCAGAAGUUCACCAACACGCCCUACAAGCUGUCCCUCAGGAGGGAGAACGUGGACCGGGCCUCUGACGAGCGUCAGUGUGAGGGGGAGAUCCUGGCUGAGGUGGUGGAGCUGGAGGCGGAGAUGGAAGAGGACUACCAGAAGAAGCUGGGCGAGUACAAGAGGCAGCUGGAGGAGUGGAAGAUCUGGAGGAGGAGACAGAAAGCCAAGAAGAAGAAGAGGAGGAAGAAAGGUCAGGAGGAAACCGAAGAGGAAGAUGAAGAGGUGAGCGAAUCAGAGGGCCCCGCUGAAGAAGGGCCCCCCAAACCGGGGCCCCCAGAGAAGCCGGACAUCGUCUCCAUAGAGCAGCAGGUCAGAGAGAAAGCCUCCAGGAUCCGCAGGAAACCCGGAGAACCGAUCCUGAUACCCGAGCUGUCAGCGUCCGGAAACAUCACGGCCAGCGAGGACUGCGGCAGCAGGGCUGAAGUCGCUCGCAGGGAGGACGUGGCAAAGCGCUCCCUCUUCAUAAAGAUCCUCUACAACAACAAAGAAGUCUCCAGAACUGACAGCCGGCCCCUCAGCGCCGAAUUCAGGGUCCACUUCGGACAGAUCUUCAACCUGAAGAUCGUCCACUGUCCUCAGAGCAUCGCCCUGCAGGUGUUUGAGGAGGGGGGCUCCUCCUGCUGCCUGCUGGCUCAGGUGUUUGUUCCGGUGCCUGGACCCGGGGUGGGGGGCAGCAGCGUCCCUGUGGAGGAGUUUGAGUUCAGCAGCAACCAGAGAGUCCUGCUGGAGCACGAGGGCGUAGGAAGUGACGUCCCCCUCUCCUUCGAGGCUGACGGCAGUAACAAGCAGACGCUGCUGACCUCGGGGAAACUGUCCUGCUGCGUGUCCUGGGGGGUCGGGGAGGACGGAGCUGCCCUCGCCCCCCCGCUGUCCCAGCACCCUGCUGCCAAACACAGUGGUCCGGGUCGUCUCGAUGCCGUCACAUGUAUCGGUGCCGCUGGACUGUACGACAUGAAAAAGAUUGGAGAGUGGGCCAAGCAGUCCCGCCUGGACCCCAACGACCCCAAGAACGCCUCCAUCAUGCAGCUGCUGAAGGUGGCCAGCAGCGGAGAGGUGACGGCCCCGGAGUAUUUCCGUCUGGAGCAGCUGCAGGAGGAAUUUCACUUCGUGUCCGAUGAGGAGCUGGAGUCGUCCAGAAGGUUCCGUCUGCUCACGCUCAGGAACCAGGAAGUGGCAGAGUUCAGGAACUACAAGUUCGUCCCGGCUCUGGAGAGGGAAGUCACAGAGAAGAUGUUCCAGGACUAUGAGAAGAAAGUGAAGGAAGGAGAGGUGGUGGACACUAAAGACCAUCUGGACUCACACAGAGCCUUAGUGGCCAAAUACCUGCAGAAGAUCAGAGAGUCUCUCAUCAACAGAUUCCUGCUGGCCAAGCACCACUUCCUGCUGUCCGACCUGGUGAUGGAGGAGGAGAUACCCAGCAUCGGCGGUGCAGGGCCAGGGAUCCUGGGGAUGAACCUGUUCAAGCUGGCUGAGCCGAAGCGUCCCCUGAAGCCUCAGAGGAAGGAGAGGAAGAAGGUGACGGCUCAGAAUCUGUCCGACGGAGACAUCAAGCUGCUGGUCAACGUGUUGCGGGCCUACGACGUCCCCGUCCGCAGACCCGGCAGCAGUAAACCUGGACAGGCAUCUCAGGGGGCCAUACAGGGCAGUGAUUGGCUCCACAGCCAGGUUCAGGUGAGGCCCUUUGUGGAGGUCUCCUUCCAGCGCACGGUGCUUCAGACCACCACCGCCGAGGGGCCGAACCCCUGCUGGAACGAGGAGCUGCAGCUGCCCUUCAGCGCUCCUAACGGAGACUACAGCGCCGCUGCCUUACAGUCCGUGAAGGACGAGGUCUUCAUCAACAUAUUCGAUGAGGUGGUUUAUGAGACCGGAGUGAACGACCGGGACAGAGGGAAGUCCAUCCACACCCGCCUGGAGAAGCACUGGCUGGGCUCUGUGAAGAUCCCCUUCAGCACCAUCUACUCCCAGAGCCGGAUUGACGGGACUCUGAAGGUGAACACCCCCGCGGUGCUGCUGGGCUACAGUAAAGAGCGCAGCGCUAAUGGAGGCUACGACGCUCUGAGGAGCAUCAGCGAGGGAGCCUUCAUCACACUCUACAUCACCAUCCAGCCCCAGCUGGUGCCUGGAGAGACUGUCAGGGAGAAGUUCGACAGUCAGGAGGACGAGCGUCUGCUGGCCGCGGCAGAGCGUUUUGAGCGGGAGGCGUCUCAGAGUUUCCCCGACCGGCCGUGCGUCUGCUCCGUCAUCGACCUCAACGGGAAGACGGUGUUCAUCACGCGCUACAUCAGACCCCUCAACCCCCCCCAGGAGCUGCUGGACGCCUUCCCCAACAACCAGCAGGAGGCCACGGCUCUGGUUGCUCGGUUCGUCUCUCUCAUCCCGUCUCUGCCCGACAGAGUCUCCUUCUCCGGGUCCUGCGACCUGUGGAGCACUUGUGAUCAGUUCCUGACACUGUUAGCAGGAGACGAAGAGGAGCAUGCGGUCCUGCUCUGCAACUACUUCCUGUCUAUGGGCAAGAAGGCCUGGCUGAUCAUCGGCACGGCUAUACCGGAGGGCCCGUCAGCGUACGUCCUGACCCUGGAGCAGAGCCGCUUCCUGAUCUGGAACCCGAGCAGCGCUCAGUGCUACGGACAGUACGACACCUUCUGUCCUCUGCAGAGCGUCGGCUGCAUGGUCAACGCCGACAACGGACUUCUUCAGGUGUGUUUGACAGCAGCAGGUUCUCCUGUGCUCUUCCUCCAGGUGUGGUUCAACGUCCAGGAGUACGGGUCUCCGAUGACCCUGAGUUUCGACACCUCUAAAGCCAACCUGUGGAGGCCGUUCUUCUCCAGAAGCUUCUCCCACCCCGGGCUCUCCAGUGUGCAGCCGGAGCAGCUGCUGUACCGCCGGGCCGACCGAGGGGGGGCCGCAGAGCUGCAGGACCGGAUUGAGAAGAUCCUGAAGGAGAAGAUGAUGGAGUGGCGUCCUCGGCACCCGACCCGCUGGAACCGGUUCUGCACCUCCACGCUCAAACAGUUCCUCCCUAAACUGGAGCAGAGCGGGGGGAGGGACGGGGAGGGGCACCGGCACGAGCUGCAGAGCAUGCUGGGAGACCACAGGAUCUCGGGCUUCCCGCUGCACCUCCCUUUCUCGGAGGUCCGGCCCAUCGUGGAGGCGGUGUUCAGCACCGGGGUCCACAACGUGCACGCUCCUAACGUGGAGUUCGCCCUGGCUGUGUACGUGCACCCGUACCCGAACAACGUGCUCUCUGUGUGGGUUUACCUGGCCUCGCUCGUACGCACCUGACCCUGGAGAGCUGUCAUCUGAAGAGCUUUGUUACUGAACCGGUUUCAUGUGUUCCGCUCAAUAAAUCACGCCUUCUGACAUGAUGCCCUUCGGUGUUACUGGACUGCUCACUGACCUCCGUUAGGGGGCGCCAGAGCUCCCAAGGGAGGUGGAAAGGCCCUAUUUGAUUUAAUGUGACUAAAGUGUUGGUGUGAAAGUUUACAGUUAACAGAUCAUAUAUUAUGCACUUUAACUGAGACUGUCUGCUUUAAUAUACACAAAUAUUCAUAAAUCAUCUCACAGUACCAUGGACAGGGAGACGCUCGUGUUGCUGUUUGACUGAAAUCAUGAUUUAUUUCAUUUUAAAAAUGGGGGGGGGGGGGGUCUUCAGGAUUGGUUGGGGGAGCAGCUGUGUAUCCUCGUGGCUGCAGCGCGUCUUUAGCCGUAACUCCAAUACGUCUUCAGAGUUGACUUCCCUGCUCUGCCACGUUUCCAUUUCAAUGACCAACAACAGCUGUAUUUUUGAACCCAAAGACUUUUAUUGAUGUGUUUAUGAACAUUUCCAGAACUCCUCACGCCAGACUUUGGAACAGACAUGGAUUGUUAUCUCCACUUGUUUUUAAAUCCCUCAUAUGAACAUUGGUCUUGUUAUCCCUCACAUCGGAGUGCAUAAAUACAAACAAAGCCAGGUGA